UUAUGUUAAUAUAUUUUAUAAUUGCAUUGUCUCUUAAAAUGUGAAGCAUACGGAAAACUUAUAUAGCGACAUAAAUAAUUACUGCGCUUGAUUGCACAUCUGGCAUCUCUAAUUUGUUCAGACUUCGAAUUUUCGAAUAGUGCAAAGCAAAUACAAAUUGGCCUAACGGAUUUAAAUUCAUAACAGCUUGGCGCGGCUUUGUUCGGCAUACUUUGGUGUGUGUUUGUGUUGACUUUUGUUGUUAAGAUUUUGAUUUCUGUUUUAUCCCGCUUUAAAAUAAUAUUUCAUUAAUAUUUAAAUAAAGUAAAGAAUAAUAUAUAACAAAAAAUGAGUGCUUUCGAGGUAAAAGUUACUCCAACCCGAAAUAAAAAUAAAAAGCCUCCUGAGGGGAAGGAACCGACAAAUGUGAUAAUGGCUCCAUUUUCAGCAAAAUCAAUUGUACAAUUUGAAGACGUUCCAGUUACGAAAACUGCUAAACGCAUUUUAAAAAUCAUCAAUACAGCAGAUGAAGAUAUAGAAGUUAAAGUAACUAAAAUGGUUAAUCCUGCCCACGGCAUCUCUAUUGAUUGGAACGAGAAUGUUGUACCAGCGCAAAGUGAGCUAAUAAUGGAAAUGAUUUGGAAUCCAACGUUAGAAGUAGCAUGUACAGAAACAUUACAAUUAACAGAUAAUAGAAAUUUUCGGAAAGAUAUAAUGAUAAUACUAAAAACAAAAACAGCAUUAAAGACUACACGCAAAUUUCCUACAGUAUCAUCAAAUCGUACAAGUUAUACGAAGACAUUACGUCUGAAAUCUCCAACAGGCAUCAAUAAACAGAAAAAAUCUCUAACAGCAAGUUCACAACAACAAAAACGAAGUACCAGUACUAGAGAAGUGCUUAGGCCGAAAUGGUUGAAUACCAUCCCGCAAUCUUCCGUUCAAGCACAGCGAAUAAAAUCUACCAAGAAUAAUACAUCUCCGUUGAUUGAACAUAACAAUUAUAUAAAAGAUGUUUGUGUUAAUAAUAUAUCGCCUGUUAUUGUUGGUUCUGAUACAUACAAAGAAAAUAUAAGUCCUUUAACCCCAGGGAAUGUUAUGAAUUUAAUUGAUGAUAUUAAAUUUACUCCUAUCAUUACUCAAACUUUAUCAAAUUCAAAUAUUAAGUCAUAUAAUCUGGCUUUGCUUCCAACACCAGUGAAUAGAGGUAGUAGCGAAAAUAUUGAAUGCUCAAAUAUACGUCCCCGACGACUUUCAACUGAUCUAGUUGAUGACGAUGAAGUUUUUAAAAUUAAAAUACCAGAUAUAAAAAUUGAUUUGCUUCCAACAGAAGAGAAGCAACCAUCUGUAAGCCUUAUUAAUAAUAAAACAUUUAAUGUUAAGCAUAGAGAAAAUUCUGCAUAUGGAGAAUCUGUGGAGUUAACUCAAGAAGAAAUGCAAUUUAAUACUUUAGUAACCUUAAAUAAAACAACAACAAUCAGUUCAUCGCCUAUGGGUCGUCCUUUAGAUAUGAUCACAGAAGAAGCAACACCAGUGUCAAGUAUAAAUGAUUUGCAGAAACCCUCUACUAAUACCAUACAGAACACAGAAAAAUUGAAACGUGACAUUAAACUAGUGGGAGCUCCGUUGCGUAAACAUUCAGAAUCUAUGACGGAUCUUUUAAAAAAAAAACCUCAAGCAAAAUUUGGAACACAAGGAUCUUUACCAAAUCUGAAUGAAAUGGAAACAAUACGUUCAAUUGAACAAAAUAGAUAUUUUUAUCAAAAUGCGCAAUAUAACAACAAUGGCAUGUCUGUCAUAUAUGAACACAAUACUGUUUCGGUUGGUGUACUUGAUGAGUCUGAAUCACCUUUAGAGUCUUCUACCCCAAAUUGCAGUCAAAUAAGUCUUGUGUCGAAUGGUGAUCUUUUAUUUAAUCAAAAUGAAAUUUUAGCGCAAUCCAGUCGUUUUAAUAUAAAUGAAGUGGGCUUAAGAUCCAAUAAGAAAAUUAUGACUUAUUCCAAAGCUAAAAAGCCACUCAAUAUCAAAACUUCUAUAAAAAAUAAUGUUAAGCCACAUAAGAAUGAAGAGCCACUUAAUGAAAAUAAAAGAAAAAGCAAUGAGUUAUCAUUUUCUGAUUCACCCACUGAAUCAAAUACGAGUCUAAGUAUAAUAAAGUCAAGUUAUGCAGUAAUAUCACCACCCAAGCGUAUGCGCGUUGAUUCUUCACCUUUUCAACGCCCAUCCACCACAUACACUUCCAUCACUUCACGUCACAAAAAUUGGUCACAAGCACCAGAAAGAAAAAUGCGGCUUUCAACUACUUUAUCUUUAGUUAAAAAACCGAUUACGCCUAGAAAAAUUAAAGAGAAACCUAUAGUUAAAUUAUAUGAUACUGAACUGUAUCUGCAACAGUGCAUAAAUCCAGAUCCAUUUGCAGCAUCAACAACAACUGACCCGUUCUUAGCUUCUACAAUGUAUUUAGAUGAAUAUGCAAUCGAAAAACAUUUGCAAGAUUUCAAGAAGUGGCUUAAUGCUUUGGUUUCUUUACCAGCAGAUCUUAAUGUGGAUCGCGAUACUAAAAUUGAUGUUGGUAAACUUUUUAGUGAAGUACGAAAUAAGGAACUUAUCAUAGCACCAACUAAAGAGGAGCAAUCUGCAAAUUAUUUAACUAAAUUUCGAUUGGAGUCACUUAGAAAUGCCGCAGUUAAAUUAUACUUUAGUAACGAAAUGCGUGUUCCAUGCUCUAAUGUUGCAGUACAUAUAAAUAAAAAUGACAUACGGAUACGCAGUGAUCGAAAUUUGCAUUUAGAUGUGGUAAUGCAACGUUACAUAUUAGAACUCUUGCUUUGUUUUAAUCCAUUAUGGCUAAGAUUGGGUUUAGAAGUGGUUUUCGGAGAAACAAUACAUCUUCAUUCGAAUAGUGACAUAGUAGGACUAAGUACAUUCAUAUUAAAUCGAUUGUUUCGAGACAAAUAUAAGGAGCAACAGUUUUCCAAAGCCUACAGCCUUUCAGAUGAGUACGCAGAUUAUAUCAAAAAACACACACUACGUAAAAUGCUAUUUCUAUUGCUAUUCCUGGAUAAAGCUAAAACUAAACGUAUCAUUAAGCAUAAUCCGUGCUUAUUCGUGAAAAAAUCGCCACACAAGGAAACUAAAGAGAUAUUACUUCGAUUCGCCUCUGAGCUUUUAGCAAAUAUAGGUGACAUAACACGUGACCUUAAACGUCACGGCUACGUGUUACAGCACAAACAAAGCUAUUUGGAUGAAUUCGAUUAUGCAUUUAAUAACAUCGCCAUAGACUUAAGAGAUGGUGUUCGUCUUACACGCGUUAUGGAGAUAAUAUUACUGCGAGAUGACAUGACUAAACAGUUGCGUGUACCUGCCAUAUCACGGCUACAACGUGUCUUUAAUGUGAAUCUUGCGCUGCGUGCAUUAAACGAAGCUAAAUUUGAGCUUAAAGGUGAUAUAUCAGCAACUGAUAUAGUAGAUGGUCAUCGUGAAAAAACGCUAUCGUUGUUAUGGCAAAUUAUAUACAAGUUUAGAUCACCUAAAUUCCAUGGUGCAGCCAGUGUUUUACAGAAAUGGUGGAGAAACAUAUGGCUACGAGUGAACAUACAGCGACGUAUACAACAUAAAAUAAAAUUAAAGCGUGAAGUAGCAGCAACAAAAAUUCAAUCCUUCUUCCGUGGUCACAUUUCGCGUAAAUAUGUUAGGAUCUAUAAAGAUGAGCGUGUGAAAGCUGCUACACUAAUUCAAAAACACAUACGUGGUAUUCUGUCACGAAAACAUAUUUUCAAAAUGGUAUGCUCUGCAAUUUAUAUUCAACGUUGGUAUCGAGCAAAUAUUGAGGGUUUGACUUGUCGACGGCGGUACCAAGCGUUAAGGACCAGCACAAUUAUAAUACAACGUCGGUAUAGACAACGUUUAGUUGCAAAAAAACUGUUGGAAUUUGCUAAAGCAGAGAAAUUACGAUACCUCGAAGAAAGAGAACUGGCAGCUCAACAUAUACAAAGUUAUUGGCGUGCUUAUCGUAUUGGAGCAAAUAUAAGGAAAACAUUUUUAUUACAACGUAAAAGUGCUAUUAUAGUUCAAAGAAAAUUUCGGGCAAUAAAAGCAAAUCGAAUUCAGCGUUCAUCUUAUCUGCAAUUAAGGGAUGCUGCCCUUACCGUACAAAGAAGAUAUCGUGCAAAGAAACUAAUGUUAUUACAUCGAAAGCGAUAUUUGCUACUACAGAAAAGUGCCUGUAUUGUACAGGAACGAUAUCGCGCUCGUAUGCUCAUGAUGCGUGAAAGGAAGCAGUUUUUGCUAAUGAAACAAAGUGCACUUGUCAUACAACGCAAACUUCGCGCUACGUUCUUAAAGCGACGCGUAUGUGCGCACUACAUUUCACUUCAAUACUAUACCACAGUCCUGCAGCAAAAGUUUCGCUGUAAAAAAUUAAUGCUUAAGCAAAGAGCAGAAUAUCAAGAAUUGCGGUUAGCCACCAUUUUUGUGCAGCGUAAAUUCCGUGCAAACCAUAAAAUGCGACUGCAACGUGCUGCUUACGUAGAAAAAUUGCAAGCCGUCCGAACGAUACAGCAAAGAUUUCGAGCAUAUAAAAACAUGCGUUAUUGGCGGGCCAAGUAUCGGGGUGUCAGAGAAGCUACAAUCUGCAUACAGCAAUAUGUACGUUCCUACCAACAAACGAAACGGGAAAGAGACUUUUUCUUGAAACAAAAGCGUGGAGCAGUACUGUUCCAAAAACAUUAUAGAUCAUUGCAAAACAUGCGGAAAGUGCGUAAUGACUUUCUGCAACUCAAAACAAUUACGCUUAAUAUGCAGAGAAGAUAUCGUGCCAAGUUAAUGAUGCGCAAAGAGAAGCAAAUUUACGAUCAUAAACGUGCACUUAUAGUCUAUAUACAACAACGUUAUAGAGCAAAGUUACUGGGUCGUAAAACUCGAGAAGAGUACCAGCGAACACGUAAUUCUCUUGUCAACCUGCAAAGACAUGUCCGUGCUACAUUACUUAUGCGUCAAUUGCGAACACAAUACCUUGAAAAGCGCGGUAAAAUAAUUCUUAUUCAGCGCUAUUAUCGCAACUAUCAAACAAUGAAUAAAGUGCGAACAUCAUAUAGACUACAGCGUGCUGCAGUUAUUAAAAUUCAAACCUGGUACCGUUCCAUACUUUUGAUGCAAACUCAAAGAAGUGUAUAUUUGCGAACACGAAGCAAUAUAAUAAUGAUUCAACAAAAGUGGCAUGCCACAAUAAAAGCACGUUUAGUGCGUCAGGAAUACUUAGAAACAUUGCAAAAAGUGACUCUCCUGCAACGAAAAAUUCGUGCCACAUUAGCCAUGAGCAAGGCCCGGCAAGCAUAUCAAAAGCAGAGAACAGCUGCAAUAACUCUACAGAAUCGAUAUCGAGCGAGACUUAUUAUGCUAAAGAUGCGAAGUCAAUAUUUGUUAAUAAGGACACUAGUCAUUUAUAUACAGCAAAAAUAUCGUGGGUAUUUAAUAACGCGUCAUACUCGCUCUGAAUAUCUUAAGCUAAAGGAAGUAACUAUACAUCUACAGCAAAAAUUCCGUGGACAGAAGUUGAUGCAAGAGGAGCGUAUACGUUUUGUUAAUUUAAGGAAAUCUACAUUAGAGUUUCAGGCAAAUGCACGUGGUUUCCUAGCACGCACCCGUUUUCAAGCACUAUUGACACCUGAAAUGAUUGAAUUAAUGCGUCAGAAGAAAGCUGUUAAAAUCAUACAAAAAUAUUGGCGUGGCUAUAAUAUACGUAAACGUUUCCACAAUGUACGUAUAUUAGCCAUACGCAGGAAUAUAAAACUGCUGAAGGACGCGUCUAAAACGUUUCAAUCGAUACGGUGGAAAGUGCAGGACUCCGUGCGUGUCCUAAGCUCACGAUUCUGUGUAUCAGAGAGCUUACACGUAUUGAGUCGUUUAGAUCGUAUAUCGCGAACGGUGCCACACCUCUUAAUGUCACAAUCCGAUUUUAUAUCAAACUUUUGUUAUGGCACAAUGGCGCAAGCAAUACGUUCUGAAGUAGACAAGCAGAUCAUUGAAUAUUCCAGUAGAAUUAUUUUAAAUUUGGCGCGCUACAAUAGCACAACCGCAAAUACUUUCCAGGAAGGUGGUUUAGUGACUAUUGCACAGAUGUUACUACGAUGGUGUGAUAAGGACUGCGAAAUUUUCAAUACAUUAUGUACGCUUAUUUGGAUUUUUAGUCAUUGCCCUAGGAAGAGAGAAAUAAUAUAUAAGUUUAUGACAAGUGCUAAUUCGGUGUUUUUGUUAAGGGAAACUAGAAAGUUGGUAGCUCGAAAGGAAAAAAUGAAACAAAAUAUACGUAAAACAAAUAAUCCACGCUGUCCACAAAAUAAAAUUUUCUCCAGUCGUGCUUUACCUAGUUUAGAACCAGAUUAUGGGGUGAUUUGCAAUAAGCCCUAUAUAUUUAUUUCGUCAGUGUAUGCCUUUGAAACAGUGCUCUAUAAGUUAGGUAUUAAUAUUAUUUAGUAUAAGCUUUCUUAUUAUCCAAUUGUUCUAACUAUAUUCGUUUGUUUUCAAAUUGUAUUAUAUGUUUCCUUUUAUAUAUCUGUAACAUAAGCGUUAUUUAUUUUAUUAAUGAAAUGAUUUCAACAAAUCUACAUAUUUUAUUUUUAUACGACUAACUAAUUCCUUCAUUUAGAUUAAUAUUAGUAUUCAUAAAUAAUUGAUAACAUAAGCUCUCUAAAUUACAUUAUAUUGAGAUUUAUAUUUGAGGUUUUAAAUUAAUAUCUCUAAAGCAGCUUUUUAGUAUACCCAAAUUUAAAACAUAAUUUAUAGACU